UAUUGGAAACCGCAGGCACGCGACCACCGACUCCUGCUGCGAUCGCUGCCAUCCUCUACUCCUACAAACGACAACCAGCCUCAGCCUUGACCGAGACCAUGGCCAGAUCAAGUACUAUCACAUGUCAUCAGUGACGGAGCCCCGCCGACAAAGAAGAGCGCACCGCACAUAGCAUCCACAGCUGGAUCACCGCUCUGCGGAUUCGAACACUGCGAUCUCGACUGCUCGAGGGGAUCACGGUUGCAGCGCUGCCAGCCUGCAUCUGGUCGGUGGAUAGAGAAGGGUGAUUAAGUAGCGAACCGGGUGGCCCCCUUCGCGGUGGCUAUCGGCGAACGACAUCCGUUUCGAGCACGCCGUGGUUACGGCGACAGCAGCAAGAUGGAGCACAUGCAGAGUUUGGAUGUGAGCUGGAUGACGCACGGGAAUCCAAAAGACAAGGUUGCGAAGAAUGCGACAGCACGGCCGAGGUCAUCAUCCAACGCAGGCCGCGAGGCGCCAGCCCCAGACCCCGCUCCACAUCCUCCUCAGUCGCCGACCGCCAGCGGCAAUCAGACCACCCUCGCACGAUCGAACUCGUUGAGAGGGACAGGCACGGAUGAGAAAAGGCCAGCCCCGGCAUCCACACCUCAACGGCGCAAUUCCUGGUUUUCCAACAUCUCGUCCAAGUUCAGCUCCGGAGGCGGCGCCGCGCAGAGCCCGCCGCAAGCGAACACCGCUUCGCCGAAGCCCGCCGAGUUCUCCGUGCCCAAGGUUGUCCCGUCCAAGAACGCCGUACUUCAACAUGCAUCCAAACACGAGGGUGAAGGCCCCUACACCCCUGCGCCGCCGCGGUCUUCACAAACCGGCCUGCUGCAGGUGCUUCGGCGACUGUCGUCCUCCAACGGCAACCUGGGCCCGAAUAUGAAGUCGCACAAUCACGGCUUGGUUGAGCGGCGCGUGCUGAACGUGGAUCGCCACAGGGAGCGCUGCGGCAUCAACGGGCUCAACCAGGCCAAGCUUCGGAGGGUUGCCUUUUGCGUCGACGUGGAGAUUGCGCCCAUGCCCAAGUACGCCGACGAGCUGGAAGAUAAGGACAGCAAAGGCGGGGCCAAGGCAAGUAAGGAGCAGAAGAAGAAGAUGAAAGAGAGGGGCGAAGGGGAGGCGCUUAAGCAUCCUAAGGAGGUGGAAUUGCAAAAGGAGACAGACGGCGAGAUCAAGGCCACCGGCGAAGAACUCCCGAAGGAGCCACCAACGAAGGCAGGCACCGAGCAACCCGGCAGCAGCGAGCAGCCGAGAGCGAGCAUAGACAGCACUUCCGAAAAGGCGACGGCAGCGGCAGCGGCAGCCGCGGUCGAGAAGAAGAAGGAGAAGAAGAAGAAGAGCGAGGAGGAGCGGAAGGCCAGGAAAGAGAAGAAGCGGAGACAGGCCGAGGCCAACGGCACCAUCCCGAUGGAACUGCACUACGACAGCGAUUCCUCGUCCGGCGCAACGCCUCCGCGCCCGGGUACGCCCAAGACGCAGGCCGCGCCCACCACCAACCCGGUCCGGAUCUACCGCCGCUGCUGUCAGCUCCGUGAGACGCCCAUCCUUCGCAAGAUCACAGAGCAGCUCAUGGACCCGGCCAACUGCUCGGCCGAGCCCGGCGUGGUGGAGAAGCUCGACCUGGGCGGCUACUGGAUGCAGCUGACCGACCUCAUCACCCUCGGCGACUACCUGGCCGUCGUGCCCGUGCGGGAGGUGAUACUGGACAGCUGCGGCCUGACAGACGAGGGCCUGCGUGUCAUCCUAGCCGGACUGCUCGCGGCCCGGAAGACGCCCCACGGCGGCCGGAACAGGCGGAGGCCGGUCACCGUGCCGGACGGCCUGACCGAGCAGGGCGGAGUGGUGGAGCGGCUGGUGCUGAAGAACAACAAGAUCGGUCCGGAGGGGUGGAAGCAUAUCUGUUUGUUCAUCUACCUCUGUCGGACGCUGAAGAGCCUCGAUCUCUCGGGGAUACAAAUCCCUCGGCAGGCCGUGUCCCACGUAUCUCUGAACGGCAGCCCGGCGCCGGCAGGAUCCAAGCAACAGCCGCAGGGCCUGUGCCAGCUGCUGUCGCGGUCACUAGGGGAAAGACUCGGUGGGUCGACGCUCAGCCUGCUUAGUCUUGGCCAGACGGGCCUCACCACUGAGCAGUUGGGGUACAUCAUUGACGGUAUCAUUCGGUGUGGCGUUAAGCGCUUGGGCCUUGCCAACAACGGCAUUGAUGCGGAAGGGCUCGGCCAUGUUGCGAGGUUCCUGAAGACGGGACUCUGCGAGGGCCUCGAUCUGGGAGGCAACGAUCUGCGGGACGGGCUGGCGACUCUGGCGGAUGCCCUGGCGGUCGACAACUGCCCGCUGACGGCGCUGAGUCUGGCCGACUGCAACCUGACCCCGUCGUCGCUGUGCAAGCUGCUGCCGACCUUGGCCAAGCUGGCACGGCUUCGCUUUAUCGACCUGUCGCAUAAUCACGAACUGUUCGAGUCGGACCCUAGCGCCGUGUCCGUGUUGAGGAGAUACCUGCCCAAGAUGGCGUGUCUCAAACGCAUCCACCUGGCUGACUGUGCCAUGAGCCCCGAGCAGGCCAUUGCGCUCGCCGAGAUCCUGCCCGAAGUCGCCGGUCUUGCCCAUGUCAGCUUCCUGGAGAACCCGCAACUCGUGAAGCUGGCGACGAACGCCAAGACAGAAGACACCCAAGAAGAGGCUUGCGCUCUCUUCGCCUCGUUGCUGGCUGCCGCCAGAGUCUCGACGAGCUUGGUCGCGCUCGAGAUCGAGGUGCCCGGCGAACAGUCGAGCGACCUCGUCAAAGCCCUGGCCAAGCAGGUCGUGGCGUACUGUCUGCGCAACAUGGAGCUGGCGGCCGCGACGGCGGCUAAGGCCCAGGCCGAGGUGCUCGCCAAGCCCGAGCCAGAGUACCCGGACGUGCUUCAGCGGCUGGUUGGUCACGAUAUCGCCAGGUCGUCGGACAUGGACGCUGACGUGGAUGCGGCGCCGGACGAGGACUACGUCAUUGGCGGCACCGGCGUUGUCAGGGCGUUGACGGCCUGUCUGAAGAACCGCGGCGACGAGUCGAGACGGCAGUCGGGCGAGUUCAUCCGCGACGUAGAGAACGGCGUGGUCCACCCGCGUGCCGUGCCCAGCGGCGGGAAGGCCAAGGAGACGUCCAAACACCUGCUGCUGAGCGCACGGAAGAUCAGGCUCCGCCUGCAGCCGGCGAUUGCGAAGGCCAGGGCGACUGCCACGGACGACACCCAAAAUUACUAUCGCCUCAUCUUCCUUGACGACACGCUCAAAGGCAUAAUCAAGCGCUUCGAGGACGAGUUUCCCGACACGCGCAUCCCUAGCGAUAACAAAGACAGCGACGACAGAGGCAGCGACAAGUCCAUCCCCGUCUCAAACGAGGACCUCGUCGACGACCCGGCAGCCAUCACCCUCCCAGACUCGGACGACAACUUCGAAGCCGAAGACGACGGCACCGUAGCCACCCUCAUCAAAUCCCCGUCCCUCUCCCGCUCCAACUCGCAGCUCUCGCUCAGCUCCAGGGCGCUCGCGCACGAAGAAGGCCGCGUCCUCCGCGCGGGCCACAAGUUCCGCGCCGGCGUGAUCGGCGCCCAGCGCGCAGACGGAGACGACGGCCCGCCGGACCUGCGAUCCGAGCACUACGCGCUGCUGGCGUCGGGCGUCGAGAUGGUGGGCGCCGAUCCGAACCAUGCCCGGCUGCUGCACGAGAUGCUGGAAGAGUUGGGCGACGAGGAGCUGAAUGCCGAGGCCAGGGAAAAGGGCGUCGUCAGUGUCUUCAAGGAGCGCAGGCUGGAUGUGCUGAGACGGCUGAGGGCGGCGGAUCCGGCGCACUGGGAUCGGUUUGUAGAGAGCCAGGAGAUGGCGAGGGCUAAUGUCAAGCUUGAGGCCGUUGCUAGGGAGAGACAGGGCGGCGGCGGUGGUGGUGGUGCGGCGAGUGUGGAUGAGAUGGCUGUGGAGGACUGAACUGAACUGAGUGCGAAACUGUGUCUGUUUGGCCGACAGUGUUGUUGAUAGUAUGUAACGGAGGUACUACCGCUGCACAACCAGCGGUGUGGUUAUUUAUUUCCCACACGCAGCUAUGGGAGGGAGGGAGGCCGGGUCAGCGAUGGUGGUGAAAUAACAGCUUGCGCGGGGGGUUCAUUGAAUGCCAGGUUUGAAGCAAUACUCUCUCACUUUAAGAGACACCUGGCUUGAGGAUCGAAAAUGGGGCGUUCGGCUGGGCUGGAGGUGGAGUGAGUUAUUCAUACUGUUUAUUAUGAUGUGGGAGUUGAUCAGACGGCAACAUAACUCCUUAUAAUCAAGUCAGUCAAGCCAGUCUUUUCUGGCGGUUUUU